AUGGUCAUCAUUUUUUACGACACUAUAAGAAACCGCGAUGUCUCUUUCGAUUGUCGAAUACUUGUCACUGGUCCAAACGUCUUCUUUUUGCUGUCCUCGCUGCAUCUCCAAGUUUACACAGGCAGUGUGCGAAAUUCUCCCCGACUCUUCCCCAUUCCAACCUCGUGUUCGCCAGGUUUUGUGAAAGAGAAUGUCCACGGCCUCCCUGAUCUUCCGUUUUUGGUGUUCUCCCCAUUUGAGUCCAAUCUUUCCGUUGCCCUCCAGCCAAUUGUGUGGCCG